AUGGGAACUGCGGCUAAGGACUUCGCGAAAAUUGUCCUCACUGCUGCUGUGCGUUCUACCAUCUGCACACAAAGAAACCUCGGCAACCCGUCGCCAGAUUCUUCUGAAGGUAAUUCUGGUCCUCCUAUUCCGAUACGCAUCAUGACAACAGUAUCUGUUAUGAAUGUUGAAAAUGGGGCGCGGUUAAAAAGGCGUCUGCCUGCGGCAUUCUUUCCCCUUAGAGGCAGUUUAAACGUCGUUACCGACGAUGUCUUGAAGUAAUAAACUAUAUGAACAACCACGAAAAUUUUGCACCUCAGUGCAGGCGCCUAAGUUCAGAAACCACUGAUGAGCACAUGCAAAUAUCCUUCGCAGCAGAAGAUAUUAUCGCAUAAGACAAAAAAGUGCAAGCUAGCUGAAAAAAUGUGUGAUAGCACGAGGACAUUCUGCAAAAAUAUUUACAGACAUUCGCGCUAGUCUGAGUCAGAAACUUAGCACCGCGUGGCCUAUGCGCCGUUUCCCGAAUAACCGAUGACAGUAAGAGCCGAAAGCCAUGUGAAAUGGGGGAAUAUAUAAAAUGGUUAAUCAUUGUGACAUUCACCUAAUGCCUUAACUUCUCGAAACCAACAUUUGCCUGGAGUUUUUAAAGUAGUAUAACUCCUCCCUUCUAAUAGUGACUCUGCAGAAAUGGUCCCCGAUAAGGCGGCGACAAUGAUCAUCUCCCUUGUGGAAUACUUGUAGGGGCUAUAGCCGAGGUUUCUUAUACGAGUGCGACGACGAUUGCCUUUCAAAUGGAAGGCCCUUGACCAAAAAUUAGAGCUCUUUCUUGUGGUGCAUUUUUUUAGCGGUCCAAUGAGAAAAAUGUCCGAAACCAAAUUUAAAGUUACAGCGGAGAACAAAGAAAGACAGAUUAUUUACCAGCAACUCUGUGCAUCUGUCUGCAGGGACUGGGUUGUGGUUGGGGAGCCGUUUGCGCACAGGUCAUACUUGGCAGAUCUAUUUAAAAAGUGCUGGCUAAGAUGAGAGCAGUCUGGCUGAUCCAUUUCGGCACGGCUUUGUAAUUCUUGAAAACAUGAAGCAGUUGAAAUCAGAACGGCCUACCUCUUCCCCUCUCCCCCUUCCCGUAUCACUGACAGAAACUAGACUAUAAUUAUCCCGCUGCCCCAAAAGUCUGAACAAAUUUACCCCAAGUUAUGACUACUGUUUAUAAGUUGUUUUAUUCUCAAAUUUCGUUGCUCCAACUAGACCUAUAUGCAUGUACUGGCCGGAAGAAAAAUAAUCAAAAACGUAUAUUUGCCGACUUGAGCUUCCUUAAAAUCUGAACAACUGAACAAAGAAUUGUCUCAAAAAUGGAAGAGGAUAUGCGCAUCCCAGGUUCUUGUUUAAAAGAAGACGAAGGCACGAUCAGGUUAGGCUAUCAGGUUUUCAAGACCUGAUAAACAGCAACUUCCCCGACAUUCAGUUUACAAGAGAAGACGAGGAAGCCGAGAAACUACCCUUCCUUGACGUGGUCGUCACGUGCACACCUGAUGGUAAGCUCAGCACUACAGUGUACAGAAAGGCGACCAAUAAAACUCAGGUCCUCAACUAUCAUAACAACCACCCAUUGGUGUACAAACGGGGCUGUGUGAGGGCGCUUUUCGACGGCGUAAAAACGCACUGUAGCGAGCCAAAGGAAGGAUGCAAGAACAACGGCACCUCAGGGACCAAUAAACAAAGAACGACUACCCCAAGAGUUGCAUCAGCCGCUGCAUACGCACGCACUCACAACGGACAAACGGAAGAGAGACACCAAUAAUUUGGCACUCUCUACCGUACAGAAAGAAUGUGUCCGGUGCCACAGAACGCACUGCAUCAGGGUUAGACAUGGACAUCGUCCAUCUUCAUGAAAAUGAAGGAUAGGCUGGACGCAGGUGAGCAGUUGGUCGUAGUCUAUCAAAUCCCGUGUCAUGAAUGUCCUUGCCACUACGCAGGCCAAACAGGACGACGUCUCAGCUCACAAAUACGUGAGUACAAACGGGCCUUUCGGAGAGGCGACCCACAAUCUCAAGUCGCCACACACAAGCUGGAGGAGGGCCAUGAGUUCGACUUCGCCAACACGCGGAUAUUGGCACGGGCCGGCAACAAGACGGGGCGGGAACUGUUGGAGACGUGGCUGUCGGACACCAACUCUAUUAAAAGACACAUCGAUUUGCCUGCGUGUUAGCACGCGCUCCGCCCACGCAUCCAGGUGGCGCAGCUCACAUCGCCGCGAAGUACAAACGCCGUCACCACGCCGGGGGAUCAUUGUGGACGAGGCAGCACAAAGCAGACCUAGCUACGGACGUAGUCCCCCCCUCACGCAAAACGAUAUAAGCGUUCACACGUUGCUGCAUUCUAGAAGUCUCUGAUGAUGAACUCUGGUUUGAGUUCGAAAGCUAAGGCCAAUAAAUCUACCGUCCCACUGAUCGUGUCUUCGUCUUCUUUUAGAGGAUUGUCUGUAUGCGUCAUUGCUAUGUCUAAGGGCAUAAAAUCACGCAGAUAUGUAAAUGCGGCCUUCCGAAAUCGAUAAGAUGUCUGGUUUUGCCAAAAUAACCUUCCUCUUUACGUCCUGCUUAAUCUGAUUAAAACAUAGAACAAACAUAUAUAUACAAGUGCUUAAAGUUCCCUUUGGUAAAACUGCUGGUAUGACUGGGCUGCGUAACCUCAUUGGGUUAAUUGCGCACAACUACCUACUUUAUUUGUCUUAGUACAACAUCACCAGUCUAUUUAUUUUACCCUACACUAAUAAAAAAAUACGGAUGAUCGCACUAACUUAGUCCGGGGCAGCUACUGACACAAAGAAACUGUUUGAUUACAAGUUAGUGUAGAUUUCCGUUCAAAGUUGUUGACAUUUUGACUGGCAAACUUAUUUGUAAAUAGAUUCUACACGCAAGAAGGACGUGUUCUGGGGCAAGUUUGUCAAAUACAUGAUGCCCGCAACGUUUUAGGCGCCUAAAAUCAAUUGCCUCGGUCUUCCUUAUCACGUUUUAAGAGUUAGGCUGCAUGCUGUAUAUGAACCUAGGUCCAAGGUUAGCCGUCAGGACCCCGCAACCACCCAUCAACCUGCACCGUAAACACCCCUGUUGGUAUAAGGAAAACACACACAUUCGCAAAUUCUGCACCUGUACAGACAUAGGGAGCACUGAUAGACAACAUAAUGUAACAAGGUUACCGGAUGUGUCCUCACAGUUGGCCCCCGAAGGACUCCUUUUUUAUGAUCAGCGUCCUCCUGAACUACUUCAGUCCGUCGCUAAAUCUUGGUUUGUUGGUGUUCCCUGUCUUCUAAAAUGAAGACCAAAGAUAUUUCUGUUCCUUCUGCGUACUCUUUCUGUUUCUGCCUUUUUCUGCACUUUCUCUGAGUUCUGUGAGCUCCUGGUACUUAACCAACGUUUGCCCGCCAUCUAUAUAUUUGUCCUAAUUCUGCGGCAUACAUAGAUAGGCAGUUACCUACCAUUAGUCUCUAAGAUUUUACGACCUGUGCUUCAACUUCGUAGUGGAAAGCACGACGGUUCGAACGGCCUGCGGACACCAGCACACAGUCUCCACAUCGCUAAUCGUCGUCCUCACCUGCGUGGUUGGCACGGGCCUAGUCAAUAUCAUCUGUAUUCGUUCUCAAGCUCUGGGAUGGUUAACAUUGUCGAUGUCCUGACACAGACCUGGUCUACUGUGCCUUGGUGUUCCUUUACGCUGAAGUCUUCGUCCGCUUUGGCCUGACUGCAGUAAUCAGUACCUUCAUCCUGAAAACCUCCCGCUACGAAAUCAUCUACUGGAUGCGCAAUGCGCCCGCUCAGCAGCUAUCGGGCACCUGGAACAGCCUGGCUUUUCCAGGCACCACAAGGGAGCGAAUAGAGGCAUUCAGUCGACUUCAGGGUUGGAUUACGGCGUCCUCUGUACCGUACCACCGUCAGUGA